CGUGGGAUUUUUGCUGUUUCCAUGGUUCUCUUGUUGACAUUUUCUGUCUGUUCCUCCCUGCUUCAUUUCUCUUGGGGCAAUUCGGGUAGCAGUUCACUCUUAUAAUGACCUGCCUUGUAGGGAUCUGCCUGUUUUUUUCUCCAGGCAUUUUCUCCAGGCACCCAUCUCCCUCCCCCUCUCUCUCUCUCCGAACAUCCCCUCCUCCCCCCUAACCCUCUGGGCAGGAAUAUGCAUAUAACAAACGCAAACACACACACACACAGACACGCAUGCAGAGAGAGAAAGAGAGGGAGAGAGUGAGAGAGCAAUGCGAUUCGAAACUCAGGGCUGAAGAAAGACAGGGUAGCCUACUGCCAGUGAAAGACAAGAAGAAUAUAAAAAUAGCAGGAAAAAUGCAGAAAUGAAAGAAACAUCUAAAAUAAUACAUGUAUCUGAACAAAACUAUUUUGAAGAAUCCUAAACAAUAAGAUAUCAUGGUAUGUUUGGUGUUUUCACUGCAAAUCUUUUCCUGGCGCAAUAGUAAUUAGCUCAAACUGGCGGUAGCUAUUAAACAAGUAUAGCCAACAGCAGCAUACGGGUAUUCAGGUUUUCUGUGGUACAAAAUCAACACCUUGGCCAUGGAGAAUACAGAGAACUACACCAGUCUACAGGAGUUCACCGAGGACACCUCCUCCCAAGGAAACAGACCGAUUCUCUGCAAAGCAGACGACAGACAAGAUGUCCAGGGGGCGACCUGCAGGAGGAGACAGACUGUCCUUCUCAUCGUUGCCCUGCUGGUUUCCAUCAGCGCCAACAUUGCUCUUGGCGUUCUCUUAUAUAACGGCUCCAGCAGCGGCACAGGCUCACAGGUUGUAGUGGGCGAAACCAAGGCCACGGUUCAGACGUACACCACUCUGCCCAGCCGCUACUCCCAGCUCUGCCGGGACUACACUGACCUGGCGAUGAACUGCACACAUCCCGGGGGCACAGUGAGACGGUGCCUGCCGUGUCCGCACUCCUGGCUGCAGUCAGAAGGCAGGUGCUACUAUUUCAGCUCAGACAAGCUGGACUGGGAGGAAAGCCAAAAAAGUUGCGAGGCCAUGGGCAGCCAUCUUACCGUCCUGCACAGCCACAAGCAGCACGAAUUUGUGGAAAAAGAGGCAAGGAGGCAGGGCGGUUUUGACUACCACUUCUGGAUUGGCCUGAGGGACAGAGAGACGGAGGGCGUGUGGAAAUGGGUGGACAACACAACACUCAAUGCCACAUACUGGGAUCUGUCGGAGCCUGAUAACCACCUUUCCGGUGGUAUCCAUGGUGAGGAUUGUGCAGUCGUAAACGCACAUUUCCGAUCGUGGUUUGAUGUGCCGUGCAAUUUCAUCUACAGAUGGAUCUGCGAGACGGAGGCCCUAGAUAUCAACUGAUUGGAUUUUACCAUGAGUCUAUGAAUAAACAUGCUCAACAGUAAACAUGAAGGAUGAUAAUGGCCAAUGUUAAAGAUUUGAUACACAUUGAAGUCAUGCAACCUGUGAUGAGAGAUUGAUUUGAUACAUGGAGAUAGUAAAAGUAUUUUUCGUAUGGUGACAAAAUGCUAGAUUGACACAGGAGACUUCAUUUCAAAAUCAGAGAGAAAAUGAGUAAAUGUGAUAAUCUGCAGAUAAAUAAUAAUCUGGAUUUAAUCUAAAAUUAACAUUUUAAAUUAACAAUCCAGUUAUUUGUUUCCAUCUUUAGGUAAGCUAAUAUGAAGAGUGAAUGCAUAGUACCUUGUAUGACCUUGAAACUUAUUCCAAAGGUUCACAGAGCAAUGUAUCAAAUUAACUAGAAAUAAUUCAUAUCUGUCAUUAAAUGUGUCCUUUUCAGAACUGACUUCUGGAAUAAUGCAAGAUUUUUGUUCAUAGACCAGUAUUUUAAUAUAAAUAAUGACCCUACCUUAGAGCUAUUGACCCUGGCAAAAAAUCCCCAGAAGUAAAUUCAGUUUUAUAUAAAUACAAUGGUAUAUUAAGCAAGCUGCAUCAGGUUUUUGCAGUUUCUUCUGCUGUACCUCCACUGCAGCAACGUAAAUUGUAAAUUGGUGCCAUGGAUCCCAAGCAAUGGUGUGCUUCAUUUAAUUGGGCUGCCCUUGGUGUAAUAUCCUGUGUUCUGUCUGUUUGUUUAUUCUGUGUUUUUGUAACUUUAUUCUUUUUCAUAUUCAUGCCUGGUUAACAAUUCAUUGUUCAUUGCACUUGUCUUCCCCUGCAAUGUCUGUGUCUAUGUAGUUCUGAGCCGAAGUCACUACCCUGUCUGCGUGAUACACUAUUCGGUGUUUUCAGAAUUUUCCGGUUUCCCACAAUUCCUUCUCCGUCUCGCCCUCACACCCGUGCCCUGCCUAGUUCGUCUCACUCCUCUGCGUAUUUUAACCCCAGUCUCAGUCUUCACCUCUGUCAGAACGUUGAUCAUAAUUUCAGUGCUGAUCGUUUGUAAGCCAGUUAUUUUUUUGAUUCCUGAGACGCCCUUUUGCCUGACUUCAAGUUUGCUUAUUCCCUUCUGUUUUGGUUGCCUGUGCUUUUUGGUUUUUGUUCCUUGCUUCGUUUACGACUCUCCCUGUGCCUACUCCUCUGUGCCUUUCCGAUCUCCUGGAUUUCAACCUGUGGAUUGUUUUUUGACUUCCCUUUUGCUUCUCGAUUUGGCACUGCGUAUAUUGGAUUACCUGGCUUUUACCCUCGGACUGAAUAAAGACAACGUUUUUGUAA